AUGGUCGUCCUUCUCCUGGAGAUCAGCUGUGAGCCUGAGGGCUACGAGAAGCUAUCAGAGGUGGAGAACUUGGUUCACUCCGGCUACAGAGCGCAGCGAGCUCCUCUGUUCCUGCUGCUGUCUAAGAUGGUGUACACCUACAAGCAGAAUACGCUCACCAGGCAGAAAGUGCAACCCAUGCACCGUAGCAGCAUCAGAGGGGUGGAGGACAUGGCGAGCCUCGAGGACCUUCACGAUGGCGCCAUCAUGCACAACCUGUACCUGCGCUAUAAACAGAAGUACAUCUAUACGUACAUCGGUUCCAUCCUGGCAGCAGUCAACCCUUACCAGCCGCUCGCCGGCCUGUACGACCGACCCGCUGUGGAGAUGUACAGUCAGCACCACCUCGGUGAAAUCUCCCCGCACAUCUUUGCCAUCGCCAACGAGUGCUACCGCUCGCUGUGGAAGAGGCUGCAGAACCAGUGUGUCCUGAUCAGUGGAGAGAGCGGCGCUGGUAAAACAGAAAGCACCAAACUGAUCCUGAAGUUCCUGUCGGCUAUGAGCCAACACUCGCUGGAAGUUUCAUCCCGAGACAAGACAUCACAUGUGGAGGAGGCGCUGCUGGAGAGCAGUCCCAUCAUGGAGGCCUUCGGGAACGCCAAGACGGUGUACAACAACAACUCCAGCCGAUUUGGGAAGUUCGUCCAGCUGCAUGUCAGCCAGAAAGGCAACAUCCAGGGAGGCAAGAUUGUCGACUACCUCUUAGAAAAGAACCGAGUGGUCAGGCAGAACCCAGGGGAGAGAAACUACCACAUUUUCUACGCCAUAUUAGCAGGAACCAACAACCAGCAGAGAGAGGCGUUCGGGUUGACCCAUCCUGACAGCUAUCACUACCUGAGACAGUCCAGCUGCCAGGACGACAAGACAAUCAUCGACAAGGGCACUUUUCAGGAUGUUCUGAACGCCAUGCGAACGAUGCAAUUCACAGAGGAGAACAUCAACGAGAUCCUGCGUCUCCUGGCUGGGAUCCUCCACACGGGAAACAUUGAGUUUGUGACGGCCGGAGGGGCUCAGAUUUCCUCCAAAUCAGCACUCAGCUGGACAUCUGAACUCUUGGGGCUGAACUCGGAUCAGGUUGCCGAGGUCCUGACGCACCGGUCCAUGAUCCUCAGGGGCGAGGAGAUCUCCACACCGCUCACUGUGGAACAGGCCGUGGACUCUCGAGACUCCAUGGCCAUGGCACUUUAUUCUCAGUGUUUCAACUGGAUCAUUCGCAAACUCAACACCCGCAUCAAGGGCAAAGAAGACUUCAAGUCCGUCAGCAUCCUGGACAUCUUUGGAUUUGAGAACUUUGAGGUCAACCGCUUUGAGCAGUUCAACAUCAACUAUGCAAAUGAGAAGCUUCAGGAAUAUUUUAACAAGCACAUUUUCUCCCUGGAGCAACUUGAAUACAAUAAAGAAGGCCUGGUUUGGGCUGACAUCGACUGGAUGGAUAAUGGAGAAUGUUUGGAUUUGAUUGAGAAGAAACUGGGUCUUCUGGCACUGAUGAAUGAGGAGAGUCACUUCCCCAAAGCCACAGACGACACCUUGCUGGAGAAACUCCACAGCCAGCACUCGGUAUGUCGCGCUUGA